UCCUAGGUCUCCAACAUCCAUCACGUCUAGUCAUCAUUGCCUGAUGUCUUCAGUACCAUCUACCGUGCAUCACUGUGGAUGGAUUUGGAUGCAUGCUGGAUUGAUUGAGGACAAAUCCAGGGUGAAGAUUGAAAAUGUGGGCAGCUGCAACUGUGUUGACUGUAAUCACCAUCGUUCUACCAGGCUCAUGCGCUACCAAGUGGGUGGUUAGUUUCUCCAGGAAAGACAUAUGCGUCUGGGCUGGAACUACGGUAACACUGCCCUGUCGCUAUGACUACCCGGCACCCUACAACGCCAAACAGGUGAUGUGGUUCCACCUCACGGUGGAGGGUAAACGUGACUUGGCCUACCAUACAGAUGCUAACCUGGUGAGCCCCUCCUACAGAGACAGGAUCAGAUACAUGGGGGGCCACAAGAGAUGCAGUCUGCAGAUCACCAAUGUCAAACUAAGUGAUGAUGGCCAGUACCACUUCAGGUUUGAGACGGACCACCAGCAAGGCAGGUGGACCUCACCGGAUGCCAUUACCCUUUCAGUAACAGAGCUUCGUGUACAAGUGCAUCCAGCGAGAAUUGGCAACAUGUUUGCAUCAGGAGAGACAGUAUUUUUUAGCUGUGUAGCUCGAGGCUGUGCAGCCGCUGGCAAGAACUUCGCCCUCUAUCGGAAUGGGGUCAACUUAGGAUACGCAGACAAGGUGUCAACCAUCUACAACUUCAACAACCAGCAUGCUGGUACCUACUACUGCAGGCCAAUACCACCUCAGAAUGUCCAGUCUCCUGGCAUCUCUCUGGCUGUGGGAUAUGCUCCUCGUCACACCACAGUGCAGGUCAGUCCCCGGGGAGCCAUAGCGGAGGGCGACUCUGCGAUCCUAACCUGCAGUAGUGAGGGAGCCCCAGCCGUGGAGAGCUUUGCCUGGUUUAAGGAGGGUGAGAGUGGCAGUGUGCCUGACAGCUUCAAGCCAGAGCUCAGGCUCUGGAGCCUGGACUACAGAGACUAUGGAGAGUACUUCUGUGUGGCCCGCAAUUCCCUUGGCACUGACCGCUCCCGACCAGUCCUGGUCAACGUGACCUACCCUCCCAAGAACACAAAGGUCCUCAUCAGCCCCAAAGGCGACAUCAUGGAGGGAUACUCAGUCAACCUUACAUGCGUCAGCAACGCCAACCCCCCAGUGGAGAAAUAUGCCUGGUACAAGGUUGGUGGGGGUCAGCCCUGGUCCAGAGGUUCAUCCCAGAACCUCACAUUCUCCAGUGUGCGCUCACACCAUGGCGGACAGUUCUACUGCACAGCGUGGAACUUCUUUGGCAUGGGGACGUCCUCCUCAAUCACUCUGUCUGUGCUGUAUGCCCCAAAGAACACCUCGGUUUUGGCUCGGCCCUCCAGUGUGAUCGAGGCAGGCGCUUCACUGACCCUGACCUGCAGCAGCCAGGCUAACCCAGCCGUGGAGAACUACACCUGGCACCGGAUCAAUGCGGCUGACGCCUGGGAAACCCGAUCGGGCCCCAGCUACACCAUCGCUGAGGUCAGCGCUGGGGCCAGCGGCCAGUACUACUGCCAGGCCCGCAACCGCAUCGGCGCCCAAAGCUCUCCUGUCCUCACUGUUCGGGUUAGAGGUCGGCUGAAGGUGAUCGCGCUGGCGUCUGCGGUGGGCGUGUCCCUAGGGCUCAUCACAUUGACCGUGGCUGUUAUGAUCAGUAAGAACAUGCACCGAGUGGACACCGAAGCACUAGAGGAGGACAAGCAGCUGGGAUCCCCCAUGGACGUGGACGCUCUGGUCUAUGAAUCCCCCCAACAAACACUUCAGCUCCGCAAGACAAAGAUGGCAGACAUUCCAGAGGAACCAGAAGACGUGUACGAGAGCGCUCACCCUGCUAUCGUUCCCCUUAAGGAAGCCACAGAGAACACGGAGGGAGAUGGGAAGGCUGGGAAAGCGAAGUAUGUCACUGUGCAUUAUUCCCGAAUGCCCAGCUUGGGCCAGGCGCAAAUCACUAAAGUACCACUGGAUGGCACAAAAGAUCCUAAAGAGGGGCCCAGUGUUCUUUACUCUGUAUUGGCCAAACAGCCACAGCAGUGAUUGUGGAAUUCAGGUUUUUUUCACAGUACCUGAUACGCCAAAUGUCAGUGUUCUUCAACCUCACUUCUCAUCCAUGUAAUGAUCAAACUCUCCUUACGAUUGGAAUCAGAUAUACUUCCAUACAAAACAUCGUGACAGUGUGCUAACGUGGCUAACAAGGAAUGCUGCGGCUAGUUAGCGUGAGGCUAUGUCAGAUGCUAGCACUGUUUUGUUCAACUAGCCUUUUGAGCAUUAUGUAAGAGCAGCACGUGGUGCAGUUUUGUGAACUAUUUCUUAAUCCACACUACUCAUGAUGCCUAGAAUAAUCACAUUUACUGGACAUCAGAAGGGUUCUCAGUCUAAAAUGGAACAAUUUAGCAUCCCAUAUUGGUCACUGCCCAAGAAGUUUCAACUUUGAGGAAAACAGUUUAGCGUCAGACUAAGUGAUGGUCUAGCAGAUGGUCUGGCAUAAUGGACCUUUCCAAAAUGGUCAUGAGUCAUGAGUCCAACAUAACACCUUAUAAUUUCUCUGAAUAUUAAUGCAAAGUCACAAACAGUAAGUAGAAUACUGACAUGAUGCUGUUUUUGUUAUGCAACCAAAAGAUCACCAAUCUUGUAAUGCCUGAUGUAUUAAUAAGUAACAAACUGUGUCAGUCCUUUAUGAAUAAUUGAAUAAUUUGUUUGAUUAAUCUUCCCUCUUUCAAUAAAACCAUGUU